AUGCUGUACGGCAGGCGCAUGCCGGGGCGGCGGGGGCGGCCCGUAAAAGGGGCGGCGGGGGCAGCGUGGCCCCGUAGAGGGACCCGGACGGACGGAGGGUGGGUGAGCGGGAGGAGGCGGAGGCGGCACCGCGGGAUGGCGGAGGGCGGCGAGCGCAUAAUUCUUGAGGACUUCCUGCUGGUGGAAGAUGCGAUUCUGCUGGAAGAUGAGGAUGAGGAGCUCGACCUAUACAACGAGAUGACUUUUGGGUUAGACCGAGACUCUACAGAGGAGGAUGUCUCAAAACUCCUGGUGCCACCGGAGAUAAGCCCUGAGGUGGCCAAAGCAUUGGCAGAGGCGACUGGAAGAACAGCUGAGCAACUAGAGGAGCUGAGAGAGCCCCAGGAGGAAGGUGGGAUAGAGCCAGAGGUGGAGCAGGUUAACUCUCAGUUGGAGGAAGAGGUAGAGGAGCUGGGGACUGAGGAACAGGAGGAAGAGCAGGAGUGCUUUGAGGAGCCCAACGAGCUGGGAGAUCCAGCAGUGAUGAGAGCUGUGCGGAGCAAACCCACGCUGGAGAGCCAGGACUCGGCAGUGCUGGACAGCAGGAUUGGUACUUGCUGGGGAGAGUUUAGCAAGGAGGACACGCUGGCGAUGGAUCCCACGGCAUGGGGCUCCUGCCCUGGCAGUAUCCCACGUCACUUCAUGCUGGAGGAUAAAGCCGUCCUCCAGGUCAUGGAGAGACCCCCACCAUCCACCAAUAUGGCCCUUGACUUCCUUGGCUCUCCUGUGCAGAGGGGCUAUGGGGGCUCCCCCCGGCUUAAGCACCCUGACUUAAGACUGAUGUCCCCCAAGCCUUUCUCCCGGUGCUUUCUCCAGCAGCAGGCACCCCUGAUGUCUCCUCGCUCCCCAUGCUCUCCUCGGCCCUUCCUGCCAGCUUGCAGACCCCCUCCACUCUUCACUCCCAACCAGACUGCAGGGUAUGCACCUCCGACCCCUUUCCAGCCCGGGUCCCCCACCGUGGGCAGCCCACCGCGGCCCCUGGGCAUGCACUUUGGGUCCGUGUCUUCCUCUUUGGACCCUGCUCUCUUCUUCAGCCCCUCAGCCAUGGGCCAGCUGAACCUCAGCCCACCCAGCCACAUGACCCAGCUGCACCCCCAGCACCAGCGCAUCCUAAUGCAGCAGCAGGGCAGGCAGGCACAGAGUGUCUCCCCCAAGAAGCUGUGGUCUCGUAAAGUGGACCCUUAUGCUGGGCUGAUGACUUCCAAGGAGAAGGACUGGGUCAUCAAGGUGGAGAUGAUGCAGCUACAGAGUGAGAACAUGGAUGAUGACUAUUACUACCAGACCUACUACCACCGGUUGGAGCGCAAACAGGCAGAGGAGGAGCUGCUAGGCAGGCGCAACAAGCCCCCCAAGCUGGUCACGCCGUUCAUCCAAAAAGUGGAGACCUAUGACUCUGUGGUGCGCAUCGCUGGCUCGCUGGGCCAGGUCACGGUGUCUACCUGCUACAGCCCUCGCCGGGCCAUCGAUGCUGUGCACCAUGCCCUCAUGGAGGAGGAGGCUGCAGGGACCUACCGGCUGCGGGCGCUGCACAGGAUCGAGAAGCUCUUCCUGCAGCUGAUGGAAGUGGAGGAGGUGCAACAGAAAAUGUCCCUGGCCCUGGGGGAGCAACAGCCCCCCAGGCAGGAGCAGAAGAGCCAAAAAGUGGACAGUAUCUACCAAGUUUUGAAAAUCAGGGCUUGCAGCAGUGAAGAGGAGGCAGAAGAUGAAUUCCUGCAACUGCUGUGUGUGCGCAAGGGCAAGAAGCUUGUGGCCCGGCUGUUGCCCCACCUGACCCAAGAGCAAAGGGAGAAGAUCCUGCUGACCAUCACCCACCACCUGCCCUUCCUCAUGAAGAAGGACAUGCUGGAUGAGUCUCUCUCCCUGCUCUACAGCCCGUUGAAUGAGGUGGUGGGUGGGAUGACCUUCAGCAAACUCAUCGAGCUCCUGCAGGAGCUGACCCGGCCUCUACCUGAGUUUUCAGAGCUUCCCCUCACCAUGGCCUUGAAGAACCAGUUUGGCAUCUCCUUGCUCUACUCCCUGCUGAGCCAUGGAGAGAGGCUGCUGUCCUUACGUGCACCACUGAAGCCAUGCAGAGGGGACUUCGAGGCAUGGAUGGACACGGUGUACCUGGUGUCUCGGGAGCUGUCGCGGCUGCCUACGGCCUCACUGGCGGAGCCUCUCUUCUUGCCCAGCAACCUUGUCUUGCUCUUCUGUCGCUACCUGGACAAGCAGACUGUCCACCACCUGGCAGCCAAGAUGGGGGAGUGCUCCCCACUGCCCACGGAGGCUGACGUGUUAUGCUGAGCCCUGGGAGCUGGGGAUGGGGUCCGGAGCCGGCGGUGCCGGGAAUGGGCAGGGCCCGAUGCCGUGGCUUUGGAAGUGAACGCUUACCCUGGUGCGGGGCACUCUGGGUGACACGGGCAGCGGCGGGGCUGGUGCCGCCCUGUCCCGGUGCCCGGGAGCACGGGGGUGGGUGGGUGUAACUUAU